UCACCCAUUUCUCCUUUUACAAUUUUUCUUCUACCAUGGCUUCAUUAUAUUCUUUGUGUUGUGUUUUAUUUUUAGCACUAGCAAUAGUUGCCUCGUAUGUUUCACCAGCUGUUUCGACGUCGAGACGAGGGUUCGAGCGCCGGAAUGAGGUGGAAAACGGGUUCAGGGUCAUGCUCAAACACGUUGACUCGGGCAAGAAUUUAACCAAAUGGGAACAAAUCCAACGUGGGAUAAAGCGUGGGCAACGCAGGCUCCAGAGGUUGAGUGUUAUGUUUUCGACAGCCAUCAGUUCAUCAUCAGUAGUUAAAGCGCCUGUUGCUGCGGGGAACGGCGAGUUUCUAAUGUACUUAUCUAUUGGGACACCACCGAAGAGUUACUCCGCAGUCAUGGACACCGGUAGUGAUUUGGUAUGGACUCAAUGCAAACCUUGUUCUCAAUGUUUUAAACAAUCUACCCCGAUCUUCGAUCCGAAAUUGUCUUCUACCUUCUCUAAAUUGUCAUGCUCUAGCCACAUUUGUGUGGCACUACCCGAACCAACAUGCGGUGAUGGAUGUGAGUAUGUGUAUUCGUACGGUGAUUAUUCCUCGACACAAGGGGUGAUGGCUACUGAAACAUUCACAUUUGGCAAGGUUUCAGUUCCGAAUAUCGGAUUUGGGUGCGGAGAAGAAAACGAUGGGGAGGGAUUUUCACAAGGUGCUGGCCUGGUGGGGCUCGGGCGUGGACCACUGUCCCUAGUUUCGCAACUGAAGGAACCCAAGUUUUCUUAUUGCCUAACACCCUUCGAUGAGACCCAAAAAAGUACACUUUUGAUGGGAUCUAUUGCAAGUGUGAAUCGCACAUUGGGUGCAAUCAAGACCACACCAUUGAUACAUAAUCCAUUGCAGCCAUCUUUUUACUACCUUUCACUCCAAGGUAUUACAGUUGGAGGAACUCGCUUGCCUUUCAACGAAUCAACUUUUGCAUUCCAAAAUGAUGGCAGUGGCGGUUUAAUUAUUGAUUCCGGCACCACCAUUACGUAUCUUGAAGAAAGCGUUUUCAAUGUGCUCAGCGAAAGAUUCAUCAAGCAAAUGAAGCUUCCCGUUGACAAUUCAGGUUCAACGGGGCUCGAGCUUUGCUUCAUCUUGCCGUCAGAUACUUCAGAAGUAAAGGUUCCAAAAUUAAUAUUUCAUUUCGAUGGAGCAGAUUUGGAGUUACCGGGAGAGAAUUAUGUAAUUGCUGACUCGAAUAUGGGAUUGAUUUGCUUGGCAAUGGGGCGUUCAAAUGGUAUAUCGAUCUUGGGCAACAUUCAACAACAGAAUAUGUUGGUUCUUCAUGAUCUUAAGAAGAAAACUCUAUCCUUCGUCCAAACACAAUGCCACAAGUUAUGA